AUGGAUUUGUAUAACAUCUCCUUUGACACGGAAUAUUUGCACAACAUCUCCAUUGAGAACAACACUUAUGGACUGGAACCUUACUUGUCAACCACUUUUUUUGUGACAUCAUGUAUUGUCUGCUCCAUCGGUCUUCCUUUGACCUUACUCGCCAUCUACGCUCUGUAUUCCCAGGUGCAAGAGAACAAUGUUGCUCCUGUCUAUGUCAUCAACCUCCUCAUCUCUGACCUUAUCCAGAUGUGCUGCUUUGUCAUCUGGGUGGCACAACCCAAGAAUCUCAUCAUGUUUGUUGUCUCUGGAAUUAUCCACGGCUUUAGUUUAAGGGCCAGUGUUGGCUUCAUGGUGUGUGUAGCCAUGGAAAGGUAUUUGGUCAUCGCCUGCCCACUGUGGUACCGCUUCAGACGAAACAUCAAGAUCACGCUAGUGGUCUGUUUCACGGUUUGGGUUUUGCCCUUGAUCCUGGAGAUUCCCAGUUUCUUUGGCUUUACGCUUUUGCACAGUGAUAUCACCCUGUCCAUCUACCUCCUCCUGCCCUUUCCCCUGCUCAUCUUCUUCCUGGCUGGGACCCUCAAAGCCCUGACCUCCUCCAUCUCUGUCCCCCCUGAGGAAAAACGACGAAUUGUGGGAACCUUGGUUCUGGUGCUGCUUAACUACAUGCUCCUGUUCCUGCCCUCAAUCAUUUGGUACAUGUCUGCAGCAAUAACUAAAAAUUCCGCCUUUAAUUACACCCUGCAAAUAGUUUUUGUUCAGUUCAGUCCCCUUAUGGACUUGGUUCUGUAUAUUUUCAUGAAGAAAGGGGCUGUAGACAAGCUGUUGGGCUGCCUGUGUCGAUGCAGGAUGACCACAGAGCAAGAGCAGGGGUAG